GACGACAGUGAUGAUGAUGAGAUCACUUCCCAAAUUACAAAAUAACCAAUGCACAUACGCCAACUCACAAGUCAUGCCUGGAUAUUUGAAAUGCUAAACCCCAGUACACAUCUAAGAAGGUUUCGAAGACUAUUUCGUAUAUCAAGGGAGCAUUUCACUAGGUUGGUACGUGCAUUAAAAGAGAGAAGUUUAAUAGCAAACACAAAGAACACCAUGGUUGAGGAACAAUUGUCAAUGGCAAUAUUCGUGAUGGCUCACAAUGUUAGAAAUGAUGUUUUCCAAGAAUGCUUUCAACAUUCAGGUGAAACAGUGAGUCGUCACUUCCAUAAUGUAUUGGAAGCACUACAAACAUUUGCUAGGGAGAUGGUACAACCACCAUCAUUUGAGGAAACACUACCUCACAUCAAAUCCAAUCGAAAGUAUUAUCCAUUUUUUGCCAAUUGCAUUGGAGCAAUAGAUGGAACACACAUAAGUGCAUCAAUUCCAGUUGCAAAACAAGUUCCAUAUAGGUCUGGUAGAAAAAAAGAAGUUACCCAAAACAUAUGUGUUGUAUGUUCAUUUGACAUGUGCUUCACUUGGGUUUGGGCUGGUUGGGAGGGAAUAACACAUGACAAGCAAAUAUUAUGGGAAGCCAUCAACAUUCCUCGUCUGAAAUUUCCCCAUCCACCAUCAGAAAAAUACUAUCUUGUUGAUUCUGGAUACACCCAUAAUCCUGGCUAUAUGGCUCCUUUCAAGAAUGUUCGAUAUCGUCAACAAGAUUUUAAACGUAGACAACCACAAGGAGUAGAGGAGCUACUUAAUUUUACACAUUCAUCAUUAAGAACCAUUAUUGAGAGAUCAUUUGGAGUCUUGAAAAAAUGUUUUCCUAUUUUAAGUUGAUGCCCAAAUAUAGUUUUAAGACACAAGUAUUGAUUGUGAUUGCUUGUGUGACCAUACACAACUUUAUCAAAAAGCAAGUAGCAUCGGAUUGGCUUUUUGAAAAAGCAAAAAAGGGAGAGUUUGAUGACGAAGACAGUGAUAUUGAUAGUGAUGAUGAUGAGGUUGUGAAUAUUGCAAAUGUGGUAGGUGGUACGCAACAACAAAAUGGGAAGCAUAUUGAAAACAAAUUACAAAUCAGAUUAA